UGAGGAUGUUUAGCAAGGAGAUUGAGUUCUCAAAUACAAUACAGGAAGACGAGGUGGGACUCUGCAACAACUACACCGUUUAAAGCAGGAUAUCAACCAUUUAGGACAACGGGGAAAAUGAAAACACUGGCAGCUCUGACUCUCUGCCUGGUGGUGCUCAUGGCCACAGGCUUCCCUUUCGAGAGGAAGGGGGGCUCAGCCUCCGGCGGCGCUGCCAAGGAGAGACGUGUACAGUACGCGCCGUGGGAUGAAGUGAAUGUCAUUGCCCAUGGUCUGCUGCAGCUGGGCCAGGGGCUGAAAGAGCACGUGGACAAAACCAAAGCCCAGAUGAGGGACAUUUCAGCCACACUGAAAGUCUUUAAUCGCACGGUGAACGAAAUGGGGAAGGAAAGCCAGAGGCUGCGAGUAGAGGGAGAAGCCCUGAAGGGUCGCGCCCGUGGACUGGAGGAUAGAGAGGGUCAGCUGCUGAAUGUCACGGCCGAGCUGAGGGAGAAGGCAGAGGAGAUGCAACGGGAGAGGAAGACGAUGAGUGAGAGGAUGAGCCGGCUGGAGGAGAGGGUGAACAGCAUGCUGCAGGGAGCUGAUGCCAGGAACAGCAGUGAUGCUCGCAAUAUCCAGCUGAUGCUAGAGGCUCAGAACAGACGCAUUGAUGAUCUGAUGGAGAGGAUCGGACUCCAACAGGAAAAGCUUGACAAGCAAAAUGUGCGCAUCAGGACCCUGCAAAGCCAAAUCCAGCAGUCACGGCAGAGACCCUCCUCACGGAGCAGCAACACUAACGGCUCCGAGCACAGUGGCGUGGCGGAGCAACGCGACUCACCAUUCGAGAUGGCAUCAGACUGUCAUGAGCUGUUCCUGAGUGGAGAGACCACCAGCGGGGUCUAUACCAUACAGCCAAGAAACACAAAACCCUUUAAUGUCUUCUGUGAGAUCACAGCUGAUGGUGGCUGGACAGUGAUCCAGAGGCGUCAGGAUGGCUCUGUGGACUUUGACCAACUAUGGCAAGCCUAUGAGAAAGGCUUUGGCAGCCUGAAUGGAGAGUUCUGGUUGGGUCUAGAAAAGAUCCAUUCCAUUGUAAAAGAUGGUGGCUACAUCCUCAACAUUAAGUUCUCCGACUGGGAGGAUGACACCACAUCUGUCCGCCUCCCCUUCCAACUGGGCGGAGAGGAAACCAAGUACUCAAUCCAGGUUCAGGAGGCUGGCACUUUCAGCACCUUGGAGAGUUCCCUGGGACCUGACGCCACUUCUGGCCUGUCCUUCUCCACCAGUGACCAAGACAAUGACCAGAAAAAUGACACCAACUGUGCCAAACACCUCUCUGGUGGUUGGUGGUUUAGUAACUGUGGACACUCCAACCUAAACGGUAGAUAUUUCCAGUGCCCUCCACCUAAGCAGCGGCACCAGAGGAAGCAGGGCAUCUUCUGGAAGAGCUGGAGGGGCCGCUACUAUCCUCUGAAGUCCAGCGUGAUGAUGAUCGCCCCUGCAGUGAUUGAAACAAGUCAUAAAGAAUAGACCGUGACAGAAAGAAAAGAUCAAGAGAAAGAAAUAGAUUUUGGACUAUUCUUUAUUUUCUUGGUGCCUCAUUAAUGAGGUAUUGCUCACAAUUUCCCAGACUGUCUCCCAGUCUGGAAGACUUCAUACCAGAGCCAAAGCCCUCAGAACAGAAGCAAAAGAAACUCGCAUUAAAUGAGUUCCAUAUUUCCGCUGCUCUGUUCUCUGAGAGACAAGCAGGCUCCUUCCCUGCACCUACAGCCACAGAUGGAAAAAGAGACAAAAAGUUCAGCAGAGCAUUGUGUUGUACAAUUGCAGUUGAUUCCUUCUGUCGGCAUGAAGAAGGGGCCACCAGUCAGGAGAGCAUUACAGAACAAGUCCCAGCCUGUCCACUGUGCUGGAAGCCACAACGCACUCCCGACAAGUCGAGACUCCUCAAUACACAAGUGGUGUCAGCUGUUGUUGAAUUCAAAUGUGGGUUCCUAGCGAGUAAACAGCACUGUGAGUUUAAAAAAUAGAUUAGGAGCUGCUCUAAUUCUGUAGAGGACGCUUGGGAGAGUGAAAUCAGGCUUAUUAAACAAGCCUUUUAAACCCACUGACCAGGACCAAAGGGGGAUUUUAUUAAAUCAAAGUCCAUGAAAUUAGUGUUCAAAAACAUUAUGUAAAGCUAUACAUCACUGUAUACUAGGAUUAUAAUGCAGAGACUGUGCUAAAACUGAUGUUGGUAAGCAGUUUGUAGAACACUGAAAACCAUUCCAGCCUUUUCUUUAAUAUACACUAUAGUCUGUCUGCAAUUUUGAACGAAAUGAGGCAUAUUCUUCACAAACUUUAAUUUUUCUGUGGAGAGUUUAAUGAUAAGUCAUAUUGACUGCUUUUAACAUGGCAGGUGUAGUUUUAGUGAGAAGUAAUGUAUCA